GGGUAGUUUCAAGCAUUUCCACCUGUAUGUUGAAGUACGCGUAUGAACUUUAGUUAUCAAUUGUCAAUUAGGGUUCAGAAUCUAAAAUGUCUAAAAACAUUUUAUUUGAAAAACCCUCGACCAUAGCCUGUCCUGUGUGCUCGACAAAUCACUUACCAACAAAGGGUGAGUUAUCCAAUGGCAUCUAUGCAUGUACCUGUGAAAAUUGUGGGCAUUUUUUCAAGUUUAAAGCUGUUCAAAAUUUCAAGAGUACUGUCAGCUUCACCAUAAAUGGUGUAGCAUAUACAGUUGGAAAUGAAUACGACCCAGCCACAUCUUUAAAUGAAUACAUGCGCCAGUCGGGAGCCUCCAUCGGCACUAAAGGUUGUUGCUAUGAAGGAGGCUGUGGUGUGUGUCUGGUCACUGUUAAAUUCCUGGAUCCCAUCACCUCACAGAAGGUGGAGCAUGCUGUCAACUCGUGCUGUCUUCAACUGUAUACAUGUGAUGGUAUGGAGAUCACAACCAUUGAAGGGCUGGGUAAUACAAAAAUUGGAUUACACCCUAUACAAGACAGAAUGGUGAAACAUGAUGGAGCUCAGUGUGGGUUUUGUACACCUGGGCAGAUCAUGAAUAUGUAUGGGUUGUUGAAGAAGAACCCAACCCCUACAGUUGCCCAGAUUGAAGACAGUUUUGAUGCCACCAUUUGUAGAUGCACUGGUUAUAGAGCUAUCCUAGAUGCCAUGAAAUCAUUUGCAGUUGAUGCACCAAAGUCUCUGAAAGGAAGUUUGAUUGACAUUGAAGAGCUGGAUGGGAAACUGUGCAAAAAAUCUGGCCAAGCCUGCACUGGACAUUGCCACAAAAACAAAACAGGGAAAAAUGGACACUGUGAAAACCAAAUAGAGCGUCCAGUUCAUAUUGUGGGGGACGGCACUCAGUGGUUUAAACCUACCAGCUUGCAGGAUUUGACAAAACUUUUGUACCAGCAUCGUUCUGACAAGUAUAGACUUGUCUUUGGCAACACAUCUUUUGGUGUUUAUCAAGACUUUGGACCUUGGAAUUUUAACAUUUUAAUUGACAUUAGAGGAGUUCCAGAACUGUAUAGUAUCCAGAAUGAUGCAAAUAUUGUUCUGGGUGCUAAUUUGUCUCUGAGUAACCUUACUGACUAUUUUAACCAAAGCAAAUUGUUGAAUGUCCCUUAUGCCGCAACGUUUGUUCAACAUCUGCGAUAUGUUGCACAAAAUGGAAUCAGAAAUAUGAGUUGCUGGGCAGGAAAUCUUAUGAUCAAACAUGCUCACCCAGAAUUCCCUUCAGAUAUAUUUACACUACUGGAGACUGUAGGUGCAACUCUUGUCAUCAAUGAUGGUGAUGGUAGCAAGAGCCAGUAUAGUCUUUUGGAGUUUCUUGGCUUAGACAUGAGAGGAAAGGUCAUAACAUCAGCUGUUCUCCCCAAGUACACAUCAAGUGGUGUUAAAGUUCUGACCUACAAAACUUCUCUACGUUUGCAGUCCUCUCAGGCUUACAUUAGUUCAGGGUUUAUGGUGGACGCUGAUUCUAGCCAAAAUUUUCUGGUCAAAUCAAAGCCUUCUAUUGUUAUUCAAGGGCUGAGCUCUCAAAUGAUCCAUGCUGUCCAAACAGAAUCAUUUCUAACAGGGAAAGCUUUAGGGGAUACUGCUGUACUGAAAAAUGCCCUAGCUAUUUUGAACUCUGAGCUGAUCCCUCAAACAUUGCCAAACUGGGCCAACCCAAGUUACAGGAAAUCUCUUGCUUUGGGGAUGUUUUACAAGUUUGUCUUAGCUGUGUGCCAAUCCAAGGUCAGUCCCCGAUACACCAGCGGCGCCACUGGCUUGACCAGAACUCCAAUUGAGGGAACCCAGGACUACGGCACUGACCCAUCAGAGUACCCUGUGUCUCAGCCCAUACCUAAAGUAACAGCCCCAUACCUGACAACUGGCAUGGCUCUAUUUUUGGAUGACCUAAAAACAGCACCUGGCCAACUGAAUGCAUCUGUUGUGGUCAGCACUGUGGGAAACGCUGAGAUUGACACCAUUGAUCCAUCUGUUGCAUUGUCACUACCAGGGGUUGUUGCGUUUGUAAAAGCCUCAGACAUCCCCAAGGGAGGUGUUAACAGCUGGUUACCCAAAGGGCAAUACACAGGCAGCAAACAGGAGCUGCUAAGCUCUGGUUUCAUUGGAUUUGCUGGACAGCCUAUUGGUGUCAUUGUGGCAGACGAAGCAACAACAGCCCAAACAGCGGCAGGCCUGGUUAAAGUGACUUACAAAAACAUCCAACAGCCCAUUGUCACCCUGCAGGAUGGCAUACAGAAGAAAUCUUUUUUUCCCAACCCUCCUGCCCCUACAAUUGUUGGAGACCCUAAAGGUGCCAUUGCGGCUGCUCCCAAAAAGAUCAGCGGCAGCAUUAGCUGUGGUGACCAGUACCAUUUUUACCUGGAGACCGUGACAGCUAUUUGCACACCCAGCGAUGUGGGUGGCAUGGAGGUCAAGGUCUCCAGUCAGUGGCUGGACAUGGUUGGGGAAACUGUUUGUGGUGUGCUCAACUUACCUCAGUCCAGUGUGGAGGUAACAACAGAAAGACUAGGUGGUGGCUUUGGUGGAAAGAUAACUCAGCCUAAUAAAGUGGCAGGGUUAUGUGCUCUUGCAGCCAAUUAUGUCAACAAGCCAGUCAAGCUGAGGCUGGAUAUACACACAAAUAUGCAGAUGUUGGGCAAGAGAGAGGCCUACUAUGCAGAAUAUGAGGUUGGGUUUGACAACAAUGGCCUCCUGCUUGGGAUUAUCGUUACAAUUUACUGUGAUGAAGGCUUUGCAGAUGUUGAUGGAAAUGGUGGUGAUCUCGUUGGAUGGAUUGAUAACGCUUACUUCUGUGCAAACUGGCAGAUCAGUCCAAUUCCUGUGAAAACAAACAAACCAAGUAGCACAGCUUGCAGGUCGCCAGGUUCAACACCUGCUAUUUUUAUCAUGGAGAACAUCAUUGAACAUGUCGCCAAGUCUUUGGGUAAAGACCCCUAUGAGGUCAGAAAGUUAAACUUGUAUGUCAAAGGUCAGCUUACCCCAACAGGGAUGCCUCUAAACUAUUGUAGUAUUCGUGAAGUAGCAGCGCAGUUUGAAAACGAUAUCAAGCUGACUCAGCGUCAACAAGCUGUUGCAGCAUUCAACUCUGCCAACAGGUGGAAAAAGCGCGGCCUUGCUGUGAUGCCCAACAGGUUUGGUAUAGGUUGGACUGGGGGCAUGUACAACACUCACAUCAUCAUCUACCACGGAGAUGGGAGUGUGGCCAUUGCUCAUGGGGGCAUCGACAUGGGCCAGGGCAUCAACACCAAGGUAAUUCAAGUAUGUGCUUUUGAGUUUGGAAUCCCAAUGGAUAAAAUCCGUGUACAAAAAUCUUCAACAAUUAUCAAUGCAAACUCCAUCACAACAGGAGGCUCAAUUGGUUCUGAACUUUGUUGCAUGGGUGUUAUAGAGGCUUGCAACAUCCUCAAACAACGCAUGGCCCCUGUGAAAGCUAAAAUGGUGAACCCAACAUGGGAACAACUAGUGGCACAGUGUUAUGCUGACAUGAUAGACCUGACUGCAUCUUUCAUGACAGCCCCACGAGACCCUUAUAGCAGCCGCUAUAACUGCUACAGUAUUGCUUGUGUUGAGGCAGAGCUGGACAUCCUAACUGGCCAGUACCAGCUUAGACAGAUGGACAUGUUGUAUGACUGUGGUGACAGCAUCAACCCUGAACUGGACAUUGGUCAGGCAGAAGGAGGUUUUGUUAUGGGCAUGGGCUACUUCAUGCAAGAGCAGAUGAAAUUUGACCCUGUAACUGGGCAAGCAAUCAAUGAUGGCACAUGGUAUUAUAAACCGCCUUUGCCAAAAGAUUUGCCAAUGAAUUUUAACUUUAAAUUCCAAAGAAAUGCCCCAAAUCCAGUUGGUGUUCUGCGUUCAAAGGCUGUUGGAGAGCCCCCACUGACUAUGGGAGCAGCUGCUCUGUUUGCUGUCAAACAUGCUGUAGAAGCAGCGCGAGGGGAGAUAAGCCAAGAUGUUUACUUUCCACUUGAUGCUCCUGCAACACCUGAAAAAGUUCAGUCCCUUUGUUUGAAUGAUAUUUCAAACUUUACAUUUGGAAACUGAAAGGAAGAAAUUCAAACAUUGAGAAAUUUAUAACUGAAUUAUAUUUUUCUUAAAAUUAUAACAAUGCUUGUUAGUACAAUAUAGCAGAAAAUUUUGACAUUUGAAAGUGAAUUGUAAAAAAAUUGUGAAAAAUUGUGAACACACUUUUUGUAUGUAUAAAUCUUUACUUGUAAAGCUGCUUUAUUUAAAUCAAAAGUUUAAAAUAUUUGCUGUAGUUUUUAUACUAUAUUUCAGCAAUUGGCAAAGUGUCUUUCAUUUUUUAUAAAUAUCUAGUUUUUUACCUGUAUACACUUUAUACAAUAUGAUUUAAUACCAAAAAGUAUCUUUGUUUUGCAUUAUAUAUAUUUUUUUUUCAAUUUUCAAAAUUUUAAAUAAAAAACAUGUUAAGGAAAGCAUUUUGCUUAACAAUAACCUAUACAUACUAAAUAUUGUGUGUUUGUGUAAUCUAAUUUAAAGAAAGGAUUGUGAUUUUCAUUUAUUUGUAUCCAUAUCCCUAUUAGUAUCUGGAUAUGCGAAGUGUUGUAGAUUACACAUCUUAUAAACUCAGACAUUUUGUGUGAAAUCAGGGAAUGUAACUCUAUCUUGAUCACACAGUCCUUGGUCGUAGAAAUAGAUGAACUCUACUUCGUCUACCGUAUGGUUUAAAAGGGUAAUUUUUUUCUACAUUUAAAAUUUGUUUAAAUUUGAAUAAAAUCAAGUUAUUUAAAGAUAUUGCUGUUUACCAUGUGAUUAUUUGUAAAGUAUUAGAUUCAAACCUUGUUUUACAAACUGUUUAUUCAAGAACUACUUAAUACUACAAGAGAUUUUUUAUUAAAAUUUGUAGUUCCAUUAUAUUAAACCACACUACAAUUUUUAUCAUAAAAUCUAUAUUUAUAAUGACAAUUAGGAUUUCAACAUUUUAGUCAAGUGAAUUUGUAUUUGGAAAGUUUUGUUUAAUGUAUAUCCUUGCCACAAAACUGAAGUAUUUUACACACUUAUACUAAACUUAGUUUUAAUACUUACAAAUAUUUAUUCCACAUUGACUAUGUUUUGAAGUCAAUAAAUAUUUAAAAUCUUG